AUGGGCAAGCCGUUCUGCCCGGAGGGCGGACGCUACAUGCUAGAUGCGCACAAACCACCAAGCUAUUUCGAUGUGGCACCCAAGUUGUACGAAGCACACCCACCGCCUGGUUCUUAUGAUGCCAAAGGUGCUGUGGAGUUCAAGGCGGUUGGUCAGGUUGUGUACCGAUACGAGAGUGCUACCAGCUCGGAGACCAAAGAGAUGGUUGCCAAGGCGGUUGGUUCGGCUGAUGAGGUCCCCGGUCCUGGGCAGUACACGCUGCCUGACCCGCGGCCACUGGCACCGCCACCUGCGCUGAAGGGCCGGACUCUUCCGUACAGCAUGCCUCAUCCCUACGCCUACAACUGCGCUCCGGACCACACUAGGAGUUUUCUUGAACCUGUCCGGCGGCGGAACAAUGCUGACAAGAUUUUCGGAAACGGCUGGCGACAGGGAGCUGCACGACGACAGGGUGAGAAGAAAUCGGAGCCGGCGAAGCUUGAGGAGCUGCCCGAGGGCGUAGGUGACGAGAAGGCUGAGGAGGAUGGCAUUGUUCAGUGGAGGUCUGGUGGCUUCUCGCUUCUGAAAUCGCGCUCAGCAGGCGCAGUCAGAGCUCCGGAAAUCGACUCUGAAAUCCUGGAGGGCGUUGGCAAAUUCUACCCGCCCUUGGCCCAGGCGCAUCAGCGCUGCAAUUCUCAGUUUCUGCCUAUGUCCUCCAGGAGGACAGAGUCAGUUCGCACUCGCGGUGCUUCAGAGGAGCAUCAGCGUCUGGGGCAGGGCAAAUGGAAGCUCUCCAAGGUUUUGCAGGGCAUCGAGACCGCGACGAGCGCGGCAUUGGAGCCGCUGGACGUCGACAAGCUCAAGCAGAAUGCAAUGAAGGGCCUCCGGGACAAGGCCAUCAACCGCAUGAAGCUGCAGGGUGUCAGCAAGGAUCAGCAGGAGGUGAUCCUCGAAGAGAUGGAUGCACUGCUGCGGGAAAGAUCCGAAAGAGCCAAGGCGAGCGGGCAAGAUGAGAGUCAAGAGCUAAUCGACAGUGAAGAGGCGGCGCUGAUGACUCCAAGCGAGUGCUGUGGAGGCAUCAAGAAUAUUGACUGGCUCAUAUCGUUGAGGCAUAGCCGGGUGAAGGGCAGCGGUGUUCGACAGGUCAGUGCUUGCAUGUCUACAUUGGUUUGCUCCAUUUCUGGCACUGCUCCUGAGCAUCCAGUUUUCUCGCCCAAAACUGGGCAGAUCUAUGAAAAGCGCCUCAUCGAGAAGCAGAUUGCUGACACUGGGCGAUGUCCAGUCACCAAAGAGGAGCUACAGCAGGAGGAUUUGUGCGAGAUGAAGGUCAACAAAGUGGUGAAGCCACGGCCGGCAUCAGCAACCUCCAUUCCGGGCAUGCUGACAAUGCUACAGAGUGAGUGGGAUGCACUCAUGUCUGAAACUUAUGAGCUCAAGACGAACCUUGAUACCACGCGCAAGCAGCUCUCCCAUGCGCUGUACCAGCACGACGCCGCCUGCCGAGUGAUUGCACGACUCUUGCGAGAAAGAGAUGCAGCUCGGGCGCAGGUGGCCCAACUUCAAGAUCAGCUGAGCAACUCCAUGCCCACCAAGGGCGGUGUUGCACAAGAAGAGGGAGAAACCGGCCUCACAGCGCAGAUCAUUCAGAAGAUGGAGGACUUGGCCAAGAACCUGGCGAAGACGCGCAAGCAGCGCAACUUUCCGGACCUUUGUCCGCUGGACGAGGUGAAGAGGCUUCAGUCUGUCACCAGCCAGUCGCUCCACCAGUCAACAGCACCCGGUGUGCUCUGUGUGGACGUCCACAAGGCAGAUGCAAAUCGAGUCGUCACAGGCGGAGUUGAUUCCCAGGUCGUCCUCUUCAAUGCGCAGAAGGGAAAGCUAGCGCAGAAGAUGGUGGGACAUUCCAAAAAGGUUACUUCUGUCAAGCUCCAUCCGGACAAGGACGUCAUUCUGUCGGCAUCGCAAGAUGCCACUGCAAAAGUUUGGACCUGCAGCGGAACAGACUGGUCCAGCCAGUACAACUGCUUGCACACCGUUCACAAGCACAGUGCAGAAGUCACGGAUGUCGGAAUUCAUCCAUUGGGCGAGUACUUCCUCACGUCGUCCUUGGACAAGUCCUGGGCAAUCCACGACUUUGCCACCGGCAAAUGCGUGCGACACAAGCAGGAUUUGGAGUCUGCUUACAACUGCAUGAGCUUCCACCCCGAUGGCCUGAUUCUUGCCGGCGGAACCGAGGACAAGGCUGUUGUUGUGUGGGAUGUCAAGGAGCAGGCAACCGUGGCAAAUCUACCGGCCGAGGAUGCGAUCCAGGCCUUGACCUUCUCGGGCAAUGGCUAUUACCUGGCAUCUGGGUCCAGAGAUGGGGUGGUGAAGUUGUGGGACUUGCGCAAGCCUCUGAACAUCUGCACGCUCAAGGUGGAAGGUGGAGUGAACUCCCUGUGCUUUGAUGCGACCGGGCAGUACUUGGCAGUGGCUAGCAGCAUCGUGCAGGUCUUCAACUUUGCAACAAAGACGACGCUCACGGAGUCUGUUGCGCUGAAGGAUCACAGGGAUGCGGUGAUGGGUCUUUGUUGGGGUCCCAAUGCUAAGACGCUCGCUACGGCUUCUAUGGAUCAGUCAAUGAAGAUCUACGCACCGAAAUGA